GCGCCCUGUAGUUUCAGCCUCAGUGUCAGGUGUGCGCAGAGUGGAAACAGGAGAUUUUGAAACAUCACACCAAUAGAAAUGGAGACGUCCACUGGGGAAACUGCCGGCCGGGCCGCUGGCCCGUGGACGCUUGGGAGGUGGCCAAGGCCUUUAUGCCCCGAGGACUGGCAAACAAAACAGGACCUGAGGAUUGUGAUGCAGUUGCUCUUUUAAGCCUCAUCAACUCCUGUGAUCACUUCGUGGUUGAUCGGAAGAAAGUCACAGAGGUGAUUAAGUGUCGUAAUGAUAUCAUGCACUCUUCAGAGAUGAAGGUAUCUUCUACAUGGCUUCGAGAUUUCCAAAUGAAGAUCCAAAAUUUUCUGAAUGAAUUCCAUAAUAUCCCAGAGAUUGUGGAGGCGUACUCCAGAAUAGAACAGCUGUUGACAUCUGACUGGGCUGUUCAAAUCCCUGAGGAAGAUCAUCGAGAUGGGUGUGAGUAUGGAGCAGGUGUUUGCCUGAGUGAGAGCCAAGUAAAUGAAAUAGAAAUGGAACUUCUAAAGGAAAAGCUUCAAGAGCUGUAUCUUCAAGCAAAAGAACAAGAGGUGUUGCCAGAAGAGAUCUUAAAUCCACUGGAGGUGGUAAAAGAAUUUCUAAGAAACAAUGAAGAUCUUAGAAAUGGUCUUACAGAGGAUCUGCAGAAGCUAGACAGCCUCUAUCUACAGCAUCAAAAACUGAAUUCAAAGGAACCUGGGGUACAGACACCUGAAGGGGAGGCCUGAGGUUGCCCUUUGACAAAAAUCAGACAUGUUCUUUGAAAACCAGCACGGCUUCCAUCCCAGCCGUCCUUUUCUGCACAAAAGGGAAAACUCUCCAACCAAAAAGGAAUGUUUGUUGUCUUUUCCUGAACUUUCCUUUAACUCUUCGGGGGUAUUUUUUUUUAUAUUCAUAAGCUUGGUGUUGUGUGAUCUAUGUGACCAAAAAAUAUCAGAUACUCUUAUGCCAAAACUGUUAUCCAGGGGUUUUGGGGGGUUUUUCUUUUGCUUUGUUUGUUUUGUUUUGUUACCAUUUAAAAAAUGAGGUUCUUUUCUGGUCCUAAACUCGGGCUGCUUAACACAGUAAAGGCUGUGUUUGGCCAGGCCUGUGUGAAGGGUCAUGCAGAGUUCUCUGCCCACUGGCAGACAAGUCCUGCCCCACCCCAUCCCCUCCUUCCUGAAAGUCUAAUUCAUGAGGAUCCCCAAGGGGCAAGCUGUGAUGUAAAAGGUUGAGAUAUAAAUCCUUCCUUUUUGGAAGAAGGCAAGAAAAAAAUUUCCUGAAAGGCCAUUUUCUAGCCAUUUCCAAUUAGUUACAGAACUGUUAACUACCUCAUCUGGUGGCCUGAGGCGGUAGGGCAAGGAGGUGGGCCCAGGCUGGUCAGUGGGGGGCUGGAGAACCCAGUGACUUGACUGACCAGUGGGGGGGGGUGCCAGGUCAGCAUCACAAACAGGGAUAUUGGGGAAAGCUCCACAGUUGCUGGCUUGUUCGUGGCACUUAGGAAAAGUAAACUGCCUUGAUAGUCACAGCUCUUUCUGUUCACUUAGAUCCCAAGUGCUGAGCACUGGGAAUGGCCUUCCUGUGCUCAGUGAAUAUUCACCGAUUGAAGGGUCAACUGGGUAGCUUAGGAGCAUUCACAUGUAGAUAUAAAUGUCAGUUAUACUGUUAUCUAAGCCUGGUCCUUCCUUAGAUUUAGGAAUAAAAUUUCAACAUUCUUAUGGAAAUUCAAAGACAUUGUUUUCUUUCAACAGAUUCGCCAAUUCAUUCAUACUUCCUCUUUUCCUUUUACCCAAAAAAUCUUCCACUUCUGACUUUGUUUGUUUCCUGAAUUGUGAAACUACUGUCCCAUUCUCUGCUGGGGUGCUUAACUGGACAGUUGCCUCUGAACCUUCAAGGACAGAAUUGCCAUGUUCCCUGCUGCCUGGAGGAAUAGUCCAAGUGAAGCCGAGCACUAAAACCUGGAUGAAUGCAGAUGUGCCUGUAACUUCCUGCUUUCAUCUUUCUUGUUACUGUUUGGCCUUUAACCUUACAUUUUCCUUCUCCCUCAAUUUUGUGGAGUUCCUUGAGAUGACUUCAGUCGUAAAGUCAGAAGUUUUCAUUCAUCUUACAACUCCCCCCAAACUCAGAAAAUUUGAAAUAUUUCCUAGCAGCUUGGCAUCAGAUUAAAUCUUGACUCACUAACCAAUUUAAGACCUCAUUUCCAACUUUCGAAACGUGGGGUUAUGAUCACUUUUUCUUCAUACCUCUUAGCUUUCCCUUAUCUAUCCAACAAACAUUUAUCAGUGUCAACCAUGUGCUAGGCACUGAAUAAAUGCAAAUGUGAAGAUUUUAAAGGUAUAGAUGAUAGUCUAUGAGCUUUCAUCUUAUUUGGUAUAAUGUCUGCUCUGAUAAAUUAAGAUGUUCAGAAAACUAUACUGGCAGCAUUUAAUUGCAUUGAAAUUGAAACAAAGGAAGAUAUUCCCAGAGAGCGCUUAAAAGCAAAUGUGGCGUGUACAGGGACAUCAACCUGUGGGCCUCUUUUGUACAGACCUGUGCAAGUGGGCGCAGAGCAUGCACUGAAGGGUAUUCACAGCAGAAUUGGCAGCCAGCCACCAGGAGAGGAGUGGUUAAAUCACAGCACAGCCAUACUGCAGACUGUUAUAUAACUGGUCAAAAGGAGGAGGAAGUGCUGCAGUGCAGUAACAUGGGAUAAUCUCUAAGACUUUAAAUAGAAAAGAAUGUUAAACAAUGCAUAGCACGCUACGAAACUAUUUGUAUUUUUAAAUAACAGAUCUGGAAAGCUGUGUGUUUUUCCCAAGCCUUUUUGCUGUUACUUCUGUGAAAGGAAUUGGGGUUGAGAAGAGUGGUUCGAAGAAAUUUGGCUUUUCUACUGUGUAUACUCACAUAUGAAAUU